AUGCCACGAAUGCGUUUAAAGAAACACGUUAAAAAUCUAGGCGUGUUAUGUUUCUUUUUGUGGUGUGUGUGGUUUUUUAUUUAUCGUGAUUUUACAAACAAUGAUAAUACUCGGAAGACUGAAGUAGAACUGGAACAAUCGCAUCAACUCGGUGUAAUUAAACCUGACGGUCAAAAACAAACAGAAAACCUAAGGGAAGAUCCAUUAGAGCCACAACCCAGAAAUAAUGACGUGGCAAAUAAUGUGCUCAAAAAUAAAGAUCAAAAUGCUGGCCUUAACAAAAGGAAUGACAUGAAAGAGGAAGAUAAAGUCGUUGAAAAAAUACAAGAGGAUGUUCCGAAGAAAAAUCUCGUUAUAAACGGCGGAAAGGAUACCAAAGAUGAAGUUGUACCAUCUGGACCAGGUGAGUUAGGGGACGGUGUAAAUAUUGAUGAAAAGUCACUGACCCCCGAGGAAAAGAAAAAGUACAAAAAAGGAUGGAAAAACAAUGCCUUCAAUGAAUAUGUCAGUGAUAUGAUUUCAUUAGACAGGUCCUUGGAGGAUACACGAGAUCCAGAAUGUAAAACCAUGGUAUACAGUAAUUUGCCAGACGCGAGUGUCAUUGUGACAUUUCAUAACGAGGCUUGGUCUGUGUUACUAAGGAGUGUCCAUAGCAUUAUAAACCGUACCCCACCGGAACUACUGAAGGAGGUCAUCCUUGUAGAUGAUUUUUCGGACAUGCCACAUCUGCAUACCCCACUGGAAGAAUAUAUGAGUCGAUAUGAAAAGGUUAAAAUAGUGAGAGCCAGCAAAAGGGAAGGACUGAUCAGAACAAGACUUCUUGGCUACAACAGCGCCUCCGGAACUGUCCUUGUGUAUCUUGAUUCCCAUAUAGAAUGCUCGGAUGGUUGGAUUGAGCCACUGCUAGAUCCCAUCGCUCGUGACAAGACGACCUCAGUUACACCUAUAAUUGAUGUGAUUGAUUUCACAACAUUCCGCUUCAAAAUCGGUAAAGCAAAAGACGUACAGGUCGGAGGAUUUGACUGGUCACUCGUGUUUAACUGGCACAUCAUACCAGAGUCUGAAAGGGCGCGUCGUAAUUUUAAAGACUAUUUACCAGCAAGGUCUCCUACCAUGGCAGGGGGUCUGUUUGCGAUCAGUCGAGAAUAUUUCACUGAAAUUGGAACAUACGACGAAGGAAUGAAUAUUUGGGGAGCUGAAAAUUUGGAAAUAUCAUUCAGGAUAUGGAUGUGUGGAGGAACACUUCUUACCGCCCCAUGUUCCCAUGUCGGACAUAUAUUCCGGAAACGUUCCCCGUACACCUGGCCAGGAAAAAAUAUCCUGUUACGCAAUAACCUUCGUUUGGCUGAGGUGUGGCUCGAUGACUUCAAGACCUAUUACUACGACAGAUUAUCUGCAACAGCUAUAAAUGAAACAAAUUAUGGAGAUAUAUCGGAGAGGAAAGCUCUAAGAAAACGGCUGAAUUGCAAAAGUUUCUCAUGGUUUUUAAAAAAUGUGUUUCCAGAAAUAUACAUUCCAGGAAAUUCUUAUGCUUCCGGAGAGAUACGAAACAAGGCGAAACCUAUUUGUUUGGAUGGAGUAGACAAAGCUGAAGCUGGUGUUAUUCUAAAAGCGUAUCCCUGUCAUAAUCUGGGGGGAAACCAGUUCUGGCUUUACAUGAAGGACCGUUCGUUCAGACGGGAUGUUUUAUGUUUCGACUAUUUUACUCCAAAGAAAGAAAUACAUCUUAUUCCAUGUCAUGGAAUGCGUGGAAACCAAGAAUGGGAAUAUAGAGAAGACAAUACUAUAUACCACGUAAAUACCAAAAAGUGCAUCACGCUGGCAUUUGAUGGUAGUUCUGUGUUAAUGGAGGAAUGCAGGGGCACAGAAAAUCAGUUGUGGGCAAUGAAAAGAAAAUCAGCAAAGGGGCCAAUUAUUUAA